AUGCUCUACCGGCGGGUGGGGAAUUCUGGUCUACAUGUGUCUGCACUUGGACUGGGAGGUUGGUUGACAUUUGGCGGUCAUGUCGACAACGAAAUCACGUUCAACUGCAUGAAGCAAGCCUACGACUUGGGAAUCAACUUCUUCGACACAGCUGAGAGCUAUGCGGGCGGACAAUCAGAAAUUGUCAUGGGUCAAGCCAUCAAGAAGUUUGGCUGGAAGCGCAGCGAUCUCGUCAUUAGCACCAAGCUCAAUUGGGGUCUGGCAAACGGCGAAAUCUUGAUCAACAACCACGGCUUGUCGCGCAAGCACAUCGUCGAAGGCACACGAGCAUCUCUCGAACGUCUACAGCUCGAAUAUGUCGACAUCAUAUACGCCCACCGCCCCGAUCGCCUAACACCCAUGGAAGAGACGGUUCGAGCCUUCAACCAUGUCAUUGAGAAAGGCUGGGCAUUUUACUGGGGUACAUCGGAAUGGUCUGCGGACGAGAUCAGCGAAGCGUGCGGCAUUGCCAGGGCUCUGGGACUGAUUGCGCCCAUCGUCGAACAACCUUUGUACAACAUGUUGGAUCGGCAGAAGGUGGAAGGGCAGUUCCAGCGACUGUACUCCCGCUGCGGCAUUGGGUUGACCACCUUUUCGCCCUUGAAGAUGGGUCUCCUCAGUGGCAAGUACAACGAUGCGACGACACAGCCUCCACCAGGAUCUCGCUUCGCUGAGAGCAACGACAAGUUCGCAAGCAGCGUACGCAAGGACUGGGAGAACGAGCAAUGGGCUGGGAACAUCAAGAAGAUCGUGGGACUGAAGGAAAUCGCGGACAAGAUGGGAGUCAAGCUGUCGCAAUUGGCCCUGGCAUGGUGCCUAAAGAAUGAGAAUGUCUCCGCCGUGAUCACCGGUGCCUCUCGGCCAGAGCAGGUUGUUGACAAUGUCGAGAGUCUGAAGUUGCUCCCUCGCCUGACACCAGAGAUUAUGGCCGAGAUCGACGAGUAUUUGCAGAACAAGCCAGAGCAGGACCCAGCCAGACAGGACUAA